AUGGAUUUUUUCAAUUCUUUGGACUUGAAGGAUGUGGGCCUCGUGGUUGCUUUCCUUGUCUUGAGUGGAUAUCUCAUCAAGAGCAACAAAGCAAAGUCAAACGAUGGCGGAUCAGAAAAGGUCAAAAUUAAUAUUAAAGAAAAGUCCGAAUUUAAGACAAAAGGAAAAUCUGACAAAAUCAAUGUGGAAGCAGUCAGAGAAGAUUUUGAUUGGCUGACUGAAAAGCCAUUGAAGUCAUAUCCCUUCAAGGAUAGCGAGUACAAAUUGACAAUGGGUAUCAAGUUUCUUGAAGCUAAGGACUGGCUCCUCAUUGAGGAUACUUAUCUCGACAGAAUCAAUGAAAAAACAAGGAUUGUGACAAACUCGCAUCCUGACUACGCUCCUGAUAAAGACUUACGCAGAAGUACUGUCUUCACCAGUGAAGAGGGAAACUCUGCCAUACGCGAGUUCUAUGACAUAGUUACGAAGUACAUGUGCGACAAGUAUCCCAUGUAUUUCAUCAAAUCGGAAGAUCAAAUUUACAACAAAAUUACAGAGGAGUAUAUCCCUGCCACAUCGGAGGGCGUCGACGAUCCAGAGUCACUAUUGAUUGCUUUGACUAGAACCAUUGAGGAAGAUUUCAUCAUUCUUUUGCCUGAUCCCACCAAGAAAGACGAACCAUAUGGAACAGAAUACUUUUUUAAGGCCGGUGUGUUUGCCUUUGCUGCUGGGUUCGAUCCAAUCGAAAAAUUCAAUCAACCUUUAACUUGCAUACACGGCCCAAUUCCUGGCUAUGAAGAGAAGCUCAAAACAUCCAUGAAUAGGUUCUUCGACAGACUCAAGCCCGGUGAAUUUGUGAGCAGAUCGAAUUUCUCAAUUCAAACACACAAAAAGUUGUAUGUUGAUGAUGCCAACAAGGGUUAUCACUUGACGCAGGAAGAGCUUGAUCGCCCUAUUCCUUAUGAAGAUCUAGACUUUGACAAUCAGGUCCAUUACAGAAGUGAGAGACAGGUGCUCAUCAAAAUGCCCAAGACAAAAGCGACAGUUUUCACAAUCAGAACGUAUUUGCACCCAUUGAGCCAACUCAAAGAGGACCCUGAGGUCGCGGCUCGUUUAAGUGGAACUUUGCUGAAGUUUCCAGAUGAUAUGGCCAGAUAUAAGAACAUCGUGCAGCCACGGCCUGCAGUUUUGAGAUAUUUGAGCGAAAUAUCCAAAGCAUAA